AUGAACCGUGCUGUUACUUAUGAUGAUAAGGUCCAUUGCAUUGCUGAUCUUGAGUUUGAAGCAAAUAGAAAGCUUCCACCAAUGGUUCGUGAUUUCUAUGGCGGGGGUUCAAUGGAUCUUAAUACUGUUCGUGAAAAUAAAUCUGCUUAUGACCGUUACAGUUUAAGACCAAGAGUAAUGGUAGAUGUUACUGAGGUUGAUACAAGCACUAUUUGUUUAGGAUCUAAAGUUGCUUUUCCUUUAGGAUUUUCUCCAUCUGCUAAUCAUGGUUUGGCUCAUCCUGAUGCUGAACGUGGCACGUCUGCGGCGGCUGCUAAAAAAAAGAUUAAUAUGGCACUUUCAAGUUGGACGAAUACUUCCCCAAAAGUAGUCGCCGAACAAGGUAAGGAUGCUGGUAUAUCAUAUGCCCAUCAAUUGAGUGCUGUUAAAGACGAAGAAGUCACUAUGUCCAUUAUUCGUAAUGCUGAAGCUUGUGGUUACAAAGCUAUUUUCUUAAGUGUUGACUGUCCAUUGUUAGGAAGAAGACUUAAUGAAAUGAAAAAUACGUUUACUUUACCCUCAAAUUGCACUUUCCCAUGCUAUCCAUUUAUAAAAGGAGGUGAAAUGGUGAGUAAUGAUAUUCGUACUCAAUAUGAAACUACACUCACUUGGUCUUAUAUUAAAGAAUUAAAGAAAAAAACGACUAUGGAAAUAUGGCUUAAAGGGAUCCUCACAGGUGAAGAUGCUGAUAUGGCUGUUAAUGCUGGAGCAGACGGUAUUAUCGUGUCAAAUCAUGGUGGUAGACAACUUGAUGGAGCCUUGUCCACUUUAGAUGCCUUGCCAGAUGUCGUUGCAGCAGUUAAUGGAAGAAUCCCAGUUCACAUUGAUGGAGGUAUUAGAAGGGGAAGUGAUAUUUUUAAAGCUCUUGCCUUAGGUGCUGAUCAUUGCUGGGUUGGCCGUAUUGCUGUUUGGGGUCUUGCUUAUAAGGGUCAAGAAGGUGUUUCUAUCGCAUUAAAUAUUUUGCAUGAUGAAUUUCGUUUAGUUAUGGCAUUAAUGGGUUGCACUUCUGUCAAGGAUAUCAAACCAGAACACCUUGCUAGGAUGUCUUCUGAUGGAACAUUCCAGAAGAUUACGCGUAGGGCUGAACCUAAGUUAUAG